AUGUUACGACCAUUGACGACACUCUCACUAGCGGUACCCUUGUUCCUAUCAUGGACCGUUAUAGCUGCUGAAGCAGGGGAAGAUGGUUUAGCAGGAAUGAUAGAGAAAACAAUACCGCUUAGGACACAUUCGUUAGCAGCCCCAUAUGUAGAUAGUGACUUGCAAAAUAGGUGGUGGGAUUUCGGUGGAAGUGCCAUUAUAAACACGAAUAAACAUGUUCGUCUGACUCAAGACCGACCUUCGGAACAAGGUUGGUUAUGGUCCAGAAUGCCUUUGAGCGUAUCAAAUUGGCAAAUUGAUGUCGAGUUCAAAGUCGACGGGAAAGCGCAUAAUAUGUUUGGAGAUGGAUUCGCAAUUUGGAUUGCGAAAGAUAGAGCAAACAUUGGACCUGUGUUUGGAAGUGUAGACUAUUUCACUGGGUUAGGGCUUUUCUUCGAUACAUACUCAAAUUCUCGCCAUUCAUAUCAAUGGCCUAGAGUAACAGCAAUGUUAGGAGAUGGAAAAACUCAAUAUGAUCAUGAUCACGAUAACGAAGCGCAUGAACUGGCAGGCUGUUCAGAAAAUUUCAGAAGAAGGGGAGAUACACCAACUAAAGUCAGAUUAACCUAUGUCAAAGGAAAAAUGUUACAAGUAAAAUUACAAACUAAAAACGUCAAUGAAUGGACAAUGUGUUUUGAAACUCCUGUUGAUUUACCUGAAAGUCCAUAUAUCGGUUUUACAGCUGCCACCGGCGACGUAUCAGAUAACCAUGACAUCAUAUCAGUAAAUACAUUUUCAGCUACGUUGCGAGCACAAUAUCGAACAGAUCAAGUUCCACUAGCAGCAGAAACGAAUCAAGGUAGAAGUGGGAAAGGUAGACCUUCGACUAAACCUUCAAGUGGCGGAGGUGCAGCAGGAUGGUUUUUGUUCAUCUUGAAAGGAAUCGGCAUACUAGCUUUUAUAGCUUUCGCUAUUGCUGCUUUUAGGACAUAUAGUGCUCAGAAGAAAUCAAGGAGACAUUGGUAG